GGACGAUGCCUCCCAGCAGGCCCCGAGCGCCUGGGACAGCCUGAAGGAGGGCUGCUAUCAGCUCCCCGUGCCAAGGGCAGACGUCCUUUUCUUAUCAACCUGGGAAGAGGUGAUGGCGUGCCAGGAACAGGUGCUCCAGCCCGGCCAGGCCGUCGGCAUCGACAUGGAGUGGCGGCCCUCGUUCAGCACCAUCGAAGCGAAGCCGAGGGUCUCGGUGGUCCAGCUGGCGAUUUGGGGCCGCGUCUUCCUCUUGGACAUGUUCCGGCUGCUCCAGCAGGGGGAACAGGAGGUGCAGGCCUCUCUCUGCGGCUUCUUCCAGAGCCUCCUGGGCAACCCAGCCAUCCUGAAACUAGGCAAGUGGGUGCCCUGG